UCGACCUACAUAUCCCUACGGCAUCAUUCUCAGUGCUUGCUUCAAACAAACAUCAAAAUUUCUUUCUUUUCGAAGAAAAUUUGUGAAAAUACUUGUAAAAUAGAAAAUAUUGGAAACCCAGACGGAGGAGCAACAAAAUGGGAUCCUCUAAAAAGCACAAGAAACACAAAUUGGAACGGCGGGAAAAAUAUGAAGAAUAUAGCCACAGUAAUGAUCCUGCCAACUUACAAAGACGUUUGAAAAUAAUUUUAAAACUUGGACCCAAUAACACUCCCGAAUAUGGCGACGACGAUGUUAUUACAUCCACAGUGGCCGGGCCUCCUACUGCUGCCGAGGCAAUGUGCAGCAGUCCCUUGGCAAUGGAAGAUUUCGAAGAGGAGCACCGUGAAAAACACAAGAAAUCCAAGAAAAAGAAGAAGAAGAAAGAUCGUGAGAAGAAACACAAACAUCACAAAGAAAAGAAACGUGAUAAGGGAGAAAGACAUGCUGUGGACGAAAGUCCCAGACGAGAUGCAUCCUCAAUGGAACGUACUGAAGAUUUGACAUUAAUUGCCAAUCAGGAUUCACAGUCAUUGCCGGCUACUUCCUUUAGUUUGACACAGCAACGCAGUCCUAAACUGGGAGCGGCUGGGCCGCCUUCAAAUCUAAUGCCCUCGGUGAUGGCAGAUGGUGAUAGCAGCCAGGAUGGUUUUAGUUUUAUGGACGAUGAAACGUCACAGCCUUUACCAGAAAAUGUGUUACUCUAUGCGGGUAUUACCACGGAAAAUUCACCGGCCAGUAGACCCAUAUCCAAACCCAUCGUGCCCAUGAAAGUAGAUGAAGUUACACAAGAUUCUGCAGCAUCUUCGACCAUGCAAAGUGCAGCAUCUAUGGGAAAUGUGGCAGUGGCCAUGGCGGAGGAGGGAGAAAAUGUUGCAGGGCCUUCAAGUGCAGCAGCAACCCCAAAUAUACCUCCCAGUCCAAUGGGUGCUGGUAGUAUUGUGGGUGGCGUUAGUCCCACAAAACCUUUGUCUGAGCUCACAAUACCCUCAUUCUCACCAUCGGCAUCAGACACCACACCGGGUGGUUCUAAUUUGACACCAAAAAUGUUAGAGGCCCCACGAACUCCCAGCUCCUCGAGUGAGUCGGGCCGGGAACCCAGAACAUGUGUCCUGAAAAUGAAACAACAAAAAUCCUCAUUAAAUAAACUACUGGAGCAUUUGCUGCGUGGCUUGGAGAAACGUGAUCCCCAUCAAUUCUUUGCCUGGCCGGUUACGGAUGAUAUUGCACCGGGAUAUUCGAAAAUCAUAUCGCGACCCAUGGAUUUUUCCACCAUGCGUCAAAAAAUCGAUGACAAUGAAUACAGUACACUACAAGAAUUCACCGAAGAUUUCCGUCUGAUGUGUGACAAUGCCAUACGUUACAAUCAUGUGGAUACGGUGUAUCACAAGGCUGCCAAACGAUUACUUCAAGUGGGCAUGAAACAUCUUUCACCGGACAAUUUAAUGAGAAGCCUCAAACCCACCUCUGGUUAUUUGAGGGAUCUUACCGCUAAGGAAUUAGGUUUCGAUUUGGUCCAUCACAGUGGAGAUUUUGCUGGUUUCGAUCAUCAUGGCAUGAUUGACUCUGCCGAUGAGGGAGCCUCCACAUGUACCGAAGAGCCACUGACUCAGGCUCAAAUUGAGGAAGAGGAAAAACGUAAGGCCAUACGUCUGGCUAAUGAGCCUAAGACUAGAUUCGAACCUUAUGUUGAUGAUUUAACCUCGGAGGAAAUACUGGCCCAGGUUCAGGGCGCAGCUCAGGCAGCCAAAAAACGCUUAUCGGCCAAGGAAAAGGCCCAUAAAAUGGGAUUCCUAAGGCAGAACAAAGAUGGCACCACCUCACUUAACUUUCUCAUCAAAGAUGAAAAUGAAGGACCUGAAAAGGUGGUGUCUCUGGGUGAUUUGGUAGGCAAACUAAAAUCAGGAUCUGGUCAAGUACAAGGCUAUCGUGAAGAUAAGCGCAAUGAAGCUAAGCUAGUGAAACCUUUGAAUUACGGACCCUUUUCGUCAUUUGCACCCACAUUUGAUUCGCGCUUUUCCACACUCAACAAAGACGAAACCCAAUUGGUUAUGGAUACUUAUGGUGAUGCUCUGAGCACAGAAUAUGCUGAAAGUAUUUUACAAUUUACCAAAGAUUCUUCGUAUGCCACCAUGUUGGCCAAUGGCCUCUUGGAUGCUCUUACCAAUGGCGAACAUUCCAAAUGCAUGCAGGAUCUCUACGAUCUCCAAGUACAAAACUAUGAACAACAAGAGGCACUGAAGUGCUUCACCAAUGCCGGACCCCUGCUAUUGGGCAGUAGCUCUUCGCCCUCGCCGCACGAUUCAAGAGCCCAAAUAGAACAAGAAUAUGAAAAAUAUAAAAAUACUCGAAUAGAUUUUAAUCGCCUUAGGACCCUCCAGGAGCUGGGUAUAGACACAACAUUCUUAAAUGAUAUUGAGAAGGAAAUGAAGAACUUUGAAUUGACGCGAAGAUUACAGGAGCAUCUAAGCAAUAAUCUAAAUCUAAUUGAUAAGCUGAAGAAUACCCAGCAUGAACGGUUAUCACAGCCAUUGCCACAUCAUUUGGGUCUGGUGCAGCCGCCAUCACAAGAGGAGACGCAAUUGGCACAUCAAGUUAGCCAACAGCUGACGGAUGUGGUUAAGAAAUUACCACCAUCGGCGGUAACGGACCCAUAUGCUCUACGCCGAGCCAUGGGCAUUUCAUAUGUUGGUUUGCCACCUCCGCCCGAGCCACAACAGCGUAUAUCUGUACCCGCCAUGUUGCAACAGCCGGUAGCUCUGCCACCCCUAAGCUUUACGAACACCAACCCACAAUCUCUAUCGUCCAAUACAGCAACAUCGAGCAAUACCGCGAAUAGCGGCAGUACAAGCAAUCAGGAUCAACACAAUUUAACAAGCGCUCUGUCCAUGGAUAUCGAUGAAGAUGUAGGCGGUGCCAAUACCAGCGGAGAUUUGGAAAAUGAAUUACGCGAAUUUCUAGAAAGUGGCCCAGGUCUACACGCUGCCUCUUCGUCAUCCAAUGUCGAUGAUAACAAUUUAAUGGCUCAAUUACUUAUGAAUUGAAAUGUCGUAACAAGUUACACACUCAAGCAAUUUGUACGCCUCCUUAUUUUACCGUCAUGUCUUUUUACUUUUUAAUUAGUUUAUGUCUCUUUGAUAUUUCUGAUAUUGUUCUUCAUAGUUUUUUGUACCUAUGUUUAGUUAGUAUUUUUUUGUAUUGGUUUUUAGCUCCUAUUCCACUGCCGCUAAUUCAUGUUUUCGUUUUUUUUUUCUUUCUUUCUCUUAUAACUCCAAUUUGAGCAUUUCAAUGGAUUUUUUACCUCAUAAUACAUAUGUAGAUUUUAAUUUUCAAAUAAUUAACAAUUCCAUCUCUCACAUUCUUCCUGGAAUAGCAAAAUUUGUAUUUAUUAUAUAAAUUGAGAAAAAAAAAAGAAAUAAAUAUGUAAAUAUAUUAAAUAUUA